GUAGCUAUCUUUUAUUGAUUUUCUUAUAGGUGUGUUUUCUCGAUUAAUAUUUAUUAUUCAAAAAAAAGUUAAAAAUGAAUUGUGAAUGAUAUUCUUCCUUUAUUGUUCUGAAAAAGUUACGAUAUUCUCUGUAGGAAUCGAUCUUUUUUCAUUCGUGUAAAAGUUGGAACUCUUCUUUGACUUUUGUGUGUGUCCGUUUCCUGGCAACCAAACCAACAAGGUCCAACUUUUUUGUCUCUUGACAGUGCGUUUAUGUUUUCAGUGGAAGUCGUUAAGAAUGGCGGAAGAACAUCAAAAACCCCAGCAGCAGCAGCAGGGUGAAGUGAAUAACCCAGAAAAUAAGGUGAUGGCCGAGAGCGAGUCUGGGGCGGAUCCCAGUCUCAGCAAUAAUGCUGCUGCCGACACGCCGUUAAGUGACGCGGCCCGGAUACAGGAAACGUUCUCGCGUGUUAUGCAGAAGGUCAAGUCGGCAUACACUAAAGAGCUGCAGAGAAAGAAGCAAGUGGAUGUGACUUCCUCCGUCGACAUCAUGAGGAAAAACAUUGACGAAACCAACGACUCCGAGUCCAACGAAGAUGACGAAGCCAUGCAAGCCAUGUCAAAGGAAAUCGAAGUCACCCGACGUUUGCUGGAAGUAUCCAAACUGCGGGAGGAGCAAUCGAAGCAAACGAUCGCCCAGCUGGAAGCGGAAGUGAGCAAACUCCAGAAAUUGGUGGAAGAAGAGGAGGUGCUGAGACGUGACGAAGGGCUGACUCUGCAGCAGCUGAUUGUCCUCAAGAAGCAAUUGACGAUCGACAAUGAGAAACUGGCCGGCGAAAAUCAAACGUACUCGCAGCAAUUCAUUUUGCUCCAGACUGAACUUCAGGACGCCACCGUUGACAAGAGACGACUGGAUUUGCGGCUGGUUCAUUUGCAACAGGAAUUACUGGCCCUGAGAGAAGAGCUGGAAGCCGAAGUCAAAGCGAGCGCAUUAGUUCGACAGCAACGCGAUGUCAUUCGUCACGAAUCGGAUCUCAGAGAAGCGGAAAUAGCUGAACUUGGCAGUGAAUUGGAAAAAUGUCAAACAGAAAAUUCAGCUUUGAAAACUAGUCAAGACGAUCUAGAGGCAGAACACCAAAAGUUGGUUCAGGGGACUUCGGCUCUUUCAGCUCGAUGUGACCAAUUAAUUCGCGAAUUGGACUCGGCGAAGAAAAUGUUAGCCGGAAUGGACGAAGAAAAUGCUCAGUUGAAUGAUCAGUUAAAAUUGACUCAUAACCUAAUUCAAGAACGAACGAAGGAGAUCAACAAUUUGGAAACGUACAACAAGUCUGCGCUAGCAAGGAUCGAACAUUACGAAAGGGAGUGCCUCAAAGCCGACACGGAGAGAGAGCUGUUGGAAACGCAGCUCGACAAACUAGACAAGGAACUGUAUCAGGUGCGGUACGCUGCCACUGAAGAUCGACAGGGCAACGACAAGAUCAUGCGAGAAAAUCGACAACUUCACGUGCAAUUGCACGAACAUCUCAUUGCCCGGGAGAAGCAGAGUGAAGUGUGGAUAGUUCAACAGGAGACAAUCAGACGACUGGAACAACUCGUUCGAGAGGACGAUAGCAAAGGAUCUAAAAUGCGUUUGAAGUUGUCCGAGAUUGAAAGAGAAAACAUCCGAUUAAUGAUUGAAAAGGAAUCUGUGCGUAAAUCAUUUCAAGAGUCUGUGGAUAAGUUGGCCGCCAAGGAGAGGGAAUACACACUGUUAGUGGAAAAUCGUUCGAUCCUUGAGAAACAAAUUCUACAACUUCAAUCGGCCGAAGAGAAUGCCAGUCACAUCAAAUCGUCGCUGGAUUAUGAACUUGCAAAAAUUAAAGAAGAAAAUUAUGAACAAGAUAAAAGAAUUAAAACGUUAACUUUCAUGGUUGAAAAACUCAAAGAGGAACUGUCGAGUAAAGAGGCUUUGCUAAUGCACGGAAAGCGAGUGAGACAGCAACUUGAAAGGGAUUUGGUUACAUUUAAAACUAACGUGGAAGAUCUGAAAAAGGCAGAUAAUGAGGGACGAACGCAGGCAUUGAAACAAGAAAAACAAUUGCAAAAAUUGCAGUUGAUGUUGCAGCAAGUGAAUAACAGUUUGAGGGAAGCCGAACUUCAGAUUCAGGCGGAGAAAAAUUCGAAUGGAAACAUCGAACAGCGUUUUUCUGUUCAACGCGACCAAUUGGAAGAAACCAAAAUUCAACUGAGAGAUCAAGGAUGGAAAAUGCAAGAACAGGUUGCAGUCACCAAACGACUGGAAACGGAAUUGACUUUACUUCGCGCUGAAUUAGAAAUUAAGGAGCAAGAGAAAAAAGCCUUGUGCCAGAAAGUGUACCAAUCAAACAACUUGCAACGUGAUUAUGAACACUUACGGGAGACGCUUCUUCACGAACAAUCGCGGCGCUCCGCUCUUGAAACUCUCAAAUCGACGCCUGUCUUGGUUCAUCCCUGGAGAAUUUUGCAGGCUGCGAAUCCCACUGCCUACGUUACGAUGAUGCGUGAGCAAGCUGCCAAACGAAACAAGAUCAAAACUACAAAAGGAAGGACCGUACUUCCGGAUGUGGCACCUAAACGCCUCCUAUCAAGUUUCUCUCGACAUGGACCCAAUAAUGAAUUGCAAGUUGCCUUAAUUAAGGCGAUUAUUUAAAUUAGUAAUUGUUUGACGUGUUAUUAGUCAUUUGUUAUCAGUUAUUUGCAUUUGAAAAUGCAGGUUGAUGUCGGUGUUAUAGUGUUCAUUAGCAAAGUUUUUUUAUGUUAUUAUUUUUGAAUUUAAUUUUGACGUAUGCUGGAAUUUUACUUCAUCUUAUAAUCUUUUGGAAAUUUACCGGUAUUGAAUGUUAAUUUAGAUAAUGUUUUACUCACACUAUACACUGUUGUUCAUACUGUAUUUUUUUUUUAAUUUGCAACAAUAUUCAUGUUUCUGAAAUCAACAUGAAAUCAAAAUCAAAUAGGAUAGAGCAUAUAAUCUUCGGAUGCUGACGUUUACCAAACUUUACUUAUGGUUCGUCGUAUUUGCGAUUGGGAUCGAUUAAAAUAAUUUUAUAACUUUGUAAACCGU